AGCCGCGUCUCGUACUCGUUUCGCACUCCGGAAAUUUAUGGCGUACAUGGAGGUGCGCGUUUAACCACGUUUCGACGUUAGCCAGGACCACUUAUUUUGCGAGACACCGGGGUUAAGCCGUGGCCGUAUCGAACCCGCUCGGAGGUCCGUUCUUCUCGAGAGGAGGAGGAAGAGGUAGCUAGGGUACACCACACCGAGAAACAUGGCGCUUAUUUCCACGAGAGCGAUUCUUAGCCCCGUGUUCAGGCACACCCUCAAGCGGAUCGUCUUCACGAAGCAACUGACGAAAUGUCAACGUUGUCAACUGAACGGUCAGCUGUUCCUUCCGACCGUUACCAGCCAGAGAUUCUACGCGGAGAAGAAGGUAUUCAACCGCGACAAGCCACAUUGCAACGUAGGCACCAUCGGUCAUGUAGAUCAUGGCAAGACGACCCUGACAGCAGCUAUUACCAAAGUAUUAUCUGAGAAGCAGUUGGCAAAAGCGAAGGGAUACAGCGAGAUUGACAAUGCUCCCGAGGAGAAGGCCCGUGGCAUUACUAUUAAUAUCGCGCACCUCGAGUAUCAGACGGAAAACCGUCAUUACGGGCACACGGAUUGUCCCGGUCAUGCUGAUUACAUCAAAAACAUGAUCACAGGGACGGCUCAGAUGGACGGCGCUAUACUGGUAGUCGCCGCCACGGACGGCACGAUGCCACAGACCAGGGAGCACUUGCUCCUUGCUAAACAGAUUGGCAUUAAGCAUAUCGUUGUGUUUAUUAACAAGGUCGACGCAGCCGAUUCAGAAAUGGUAGAGUUGGUAGAGAUGGAAAUACGUGAGUUGCUUACCGAAAUGGGAUACGACGGCGAUAAUAUUCCGGUAGCGAAGGGCAGUGCACUCUGCGCGCUCGAAGGGAAGAAUCCCGAGAUCGGUGCGCAGGCUAUCCUGCAGUUGUUGGAGUUGGUAGACAAGCAUAUUCCGACUCCCGUGAGAGAGUUGGACAAACCCUUCCUACUCCCAGUAGAAAGCGUAUAUUCAAUUCCCGGUAGAGGUACGGUGGUCACCGGUAGACUGGAGCGCGGAAAGCUGAAGAAGGGAACGGAAUGCGAGUUUAUCGGUUACAAUAAAGUUUUCAAGUCCACAGUCACAGGUAUAGAGAUGUUCCAUCAAAUAUUGGAAGAAGCCCAAGCCGGCGAUCAGCUCGGUGCUCUGGUGAGGGGUUUAAAGAGAGACGAGGUGAAGAGAGGCAUGAUAAUGUGCAAACCCGGCAGUAUGAAGGCGCACGAUCACAUAGAGGCGCAAGUGUACUUGCUCACCAAGGAAGAAGGUGGCAGGAAAAAACCGGUCGCGAAUAUGGUACAAUUGCAAAUGUUCUGUAGAACGUGGGACUGUGCGGCACAGUGUAUAGUAGUGGGAAAGGACCUGGCUAUGCCGGGAGAGGACAGCACACUGAUAAUUAAGUUGAUAAAACCAAUGGUACUGGAAAAGGGUCAGCGUUUUACAUUGCGGGACGGAGUAGUAACUCUAGGAACCGGUGUGGUCACCAACACCCUAAAAUCCCUUACGGAGUCGGAGCGACACGAACUUCUCGAGGGCAAAAAGGCGAUAAUGAAGAAGGAAAAGAAGGCGCAACAGAAUUAGAGAAGUUUGUUACGGAAUAAAGCAGAGUUGUGCUGUGUAAUGAUGAAAAUAUUAGUCCAGACGGUGUCUCAAUUGAGAUCGAAACUUUCAAGCGAGUGUCUAUCCGAGAUAUCCGCCAUUCCUUUGAAACAAAAGUUUGAUAGAUGCGCAAGACACGGCACCGACAUGUAUUAACGUAAUAAUGAAUAUACGAUUUGAAUAUGUAAUUAAAAGACGCAUUUUCAUUAUAUUGAAAUUAUACGGAUUGUAAGUCGUAUAA